UAGGUACAAUUUUAUUAUUGUUCUGUAUUUAUUGAAGGGACGUCGACAACAUCACAAUAGCUACAAAAAAAUCAAUAACAAUAUUACUAUAUAGAUAUAACAUGGUCAUGAACAUUCGAGUACAAGGUUAGGUUUACAUUAGCAACAUUUUUUUUUUCCUCUUUUGUCUUAUCGUUGGUAAAUAUUUACCAAAAUAAUGUACAAUUUCUGAUAACUGAUAGUGAUGUCAGUCUGAUACCGAUUACAACUGGCUCCGGCAACUUGACGGUCGCGCAUUUAAGUUUUCAAUUUUCAUUUUUGAAUUGCAAUUUAUUAUUACUUAAUGCUCAUUCAACUACUUCUGUCUAGCAUACCUGCAUAUUAGCCCUGCAGGCUGCAAUAUUGUGCAACUUGUUUUGAUCAACAUCUCGACUCUCAUCGUUGUUCAUUCAUUUCGAUUUCAGUCUGCACUCAGCAGUUGCAAUCGUCAUUCAUUCGAUUCAAAUACGAAAUCCAGUGAUCAUGUUUUUAAACAAAAUACCCAAGUGUCUGACGACGAAGGCUAACAGCGUUCCGUGUCUCUUCUAUCAUAAAAACGUUAUUGAUCAUUAUGAAAAUCCCCGCAAUGUUGGGUCGUUGAAUAAAAAUGACAAGAAUGUCGGAACUGGAUUGGUUGGCGCACCAGCUUGUGGUGAUGUCAUGAAGUUACAGAUUAAAGUAGAUGAUAAUGGUAGAAUUGUUGAUGCCAAGUUUAAAACUUUUGGCUGCGGAUCUGCUAUUGCUUCUAGUUCACUAGCUACAGAAUGGGUUAUGGGAAAAACUGUUGAUGAAGCACUUUCCUUAAAGAACACAGUAAUCGCCAAAGAACUAUCUUUGCCUCCAGUGAAGCUUCACUGUUCAAUGUUGGCUGAGGAUGCUAUUAAGGCAGCAUUAUCUGAUUAUCGCAUUAAACAGCAAGAGAAGAAAAAAUCAGAAGACCAGGAUUAAUGAAAGUGUUAGCUAGUAAUACUUUCAUAAAAUUAUAUUUGUUGUCCUUGAAAUUAUUUUUAAAUUGCAUAAAAAAAUUAUAGAUUGCUAUAUUAAAUUUAUAGAUGAUCAUUAUACAAUCUCAUGUCUUAGCAAUUUUAGUUUAAAAUAAAUUGUUAUUAAAUGUUUUAAA